UUACGUGUUACAUGGAAAUGUCAAAAGAAAAAAGGAGGAUUUAGCCCUAUAAUAAUAUGUCAAGGUGAAGAAAGAACAAUACAGUGCAAAGACUAUACUGUUAUAAAAAUAACUUCAGCAACUUUCGGUAGGAGAUCUUUAACCAUAUGCCCACAAUUUGGCGUAUGGAAACAAAACUGUGGUAAACAUAACAAUGUGCUUAAAAAGGUUAAGAUGAAAUGUGAUAGAACAACUGCUUGUUCAUUGAGGGCAUCGAUCAAAGACUAUGCUCAUCCAUGCCAACGCAUCCCUGUUUAUUUGAAUAUUCGGUACAACUGCGUCAGUGGUUGCCCUCGUGAAACUUUUAAAUGUACGAAGAGGAGUAAAAAGUGUUUACCAACAUCGAAGAGAUGUGAUGGCAAAAGAGACUGUCGAAAUGGUAGUGACGAACGAAAAUGUGGAUGCAAAACAAACCAAUUCCAAUGUGCUGCAAGUAAGAAGUGUAUUUCUAAGUUUUUACUCUGCAAUCAAAUACCAGAUUGUCCAGAUGAAAGUGAUGAGAAAAAAUGUGAAUGCAAAACAGACGAGUUUCGUUGUAAAACCAGCACGACAUGCAUACCAGAAUCACAGAAGUGUAAUGGUAAAAAAGAUUGUAAUGAUGGUAGCGAUGAGAUAAAUUGUGGUUGUGAUUCCAAUGAGUUUCAAUGCAAAACUAGUAGAAAAUGCAUACCUGCAACGUCAGAGUGUAAUCGUAAACUAGACUGUGAGGAUGGAAGUGAUGAACAAAAUUGCAAUUGUGAGAUAGACGAGUUCCGAUGUACGACCAGUACACUAUGCAUACCUUCAUCACAGCAAUGUAACAGUAAAAAAGAUUGUACAGAUGGAAGCGAUGAAAUCAAUUGCGGAUGUAAAUCUAACGAGUUUGAAUGUGAGACCAGUAAGACAUGCAUAUCAAAAACCUUGCAGUGUAACCAAAACGAAGACUGUGAUGAUGGGAGUGAUGAGAAGAAUUGCUCGGAGGUGCAAUGUGGUGUUCCACACGUUGUUGCACAAUUAUCAAAUUGUCGACGACUAAGAAUUGUUGGUGGAUGCAGAGCCCAGCCUCAUAGUUGGCCAUGGGCAGUACAAUUACUCUUAAGAUAUGACAAAAAUAGCAACUUCACUCACGAAUGUGGUGGGGCAAUACUUAAUUCAAGAUUCGUUAUAACUGCCUCCCACUGCUUUUUGAGUGAAAGUGACAUAAGAAAUUGGCAAAUAAAAGCAGGAAGUCAUUAUAAAGACAGAUCAGAAAGUAGUGAUCAAAUACGUUUGAUUAAAAAAAAAUCUCCAUUAUUUAACCCAACAACUAACAUUCUUGAUCGUGAUAUUACAAUUCUAGAAGUUGAUACUCCAUUUGUCUUUAAUAAUUAUGUCCGUCCAGUGUGUUUACCAGAACGACAUCCAAGAAAGGGAGACAAUUGUGCCGUUGUUGGAUGGGGCUCAACACAAGGGACUGGUAAUGCUGACAUUCUCAAACAGACCCCGAUGCCAAUAGAAGACACCCAAUCUUGUAAUAGUACAUCAAACUUGAAAGGAGAUAUCACAGAGUAUAUGUUUUGUGGAGGUUUCAAAGAAGGCCUAAAUGAUGCUUGUCAGGGAGACAGUGGUGGUCCAUUAAUGUGUCUAGAAAGAGGAAAAUAUAGACUUCAGGGUAUAGUUUCUUGGGGCAUUGACUGUGCAAAACCAAAUCUUCCCGGUGUAUAUGCAGAUGUGUUCAAAGUUCUACAGUGGAUUAAGGUGGUUACAGGAAUGUAGUGAAUUUACAUUUGUAUAACAUUUGUUUAUUGGCAUUAAAAUGACACAUGCAAGUUAAUAGUGAAGUGGCUUUGUGAGAAAUACUUGUUUUAUUAAAUAUUUAUUUAUAUUAUGUACACAUUUGCAGUUGCUUUUUUUCAAAGUGUUAUAGCUCAAUGAUUAAUCUUAUUGAUAUCGUGUAUAUUGUGGCUUAAACGGUUU